GUAGGACCACUUCCGGUCUAGUUGUCAACAGCUGAGUUGCUCCACGCGUGUUUCCAAACUGUGAAAAUGCCGAAGGUUCAGAAAGGAAAAGCGCCAGAGAAGGUGGUUCAUCCGUUCAGCAGGAAAGCUGCUUACCUCGCCCGAGAAGACAUCCGACUGAAGAAGAAAGACAGGCAGAGAACUGACAAAGCCGCACGUCUGAGCAGCAUAGGUGAGAAGCUGUUGUGGUUCCAGGAACAGCUGGAUCCAGCAAAGGCAACGUACACCAAGAAAGACGCCUGUGACAUCAUCGAAAGGUAUCUGCAAAGAUUUGAUUCUGAACUUGAGCAAAUCGAGUUAGUGAAUGGGAUCAAAGGUCGUCAGGGUCGUCUCCAUGGCGCCAGAGAAGCUGUCAUCAAACAAACAAUUGAACGGGAGCGAGCUCUGUAUGAGGGCGCUGGGUUUGAAAUCCCAGAUAUCAUCAAUGCAAAGCAUCUGAAAACGUUCAGAGAGUGGACUGGCGAUCUGAAGAAACUCCCAACCAUCAAACUGCGAAUGGUUUCUUGCAAAGGUCUGGACACUAAUAAUGAGAAAAAAGAGAAACAUGAAGUAGAAGAAGACAAUAUUGAAGAUGAAGAUGAAGAUGAUGAUUUGGAUGAUGAUGAUGAUGAUGAUGAACAGGCAGAUGAGAAGGUUCUGAUGUCGGACUCAAACUAAUGUUCUUCUAUCAUUGCCAUAUGUUAUUAUAAAACAUCAGAUGUCCUACACAAAAGACUUUUUACAGAGAAACAACUUGUGUGAGAAGAUGCUGCUACUCACGUUCUGUCCAGCAGAUGGCAUCAACAUCUCAGACUUGGAAAACCAACUCAUCAGUGUGCUCUUUUUCUUUGUCUUGCUGUUCAGUGACUCAACAGCAGCCUGUGAGAGGUUCUACAAUCAUUGUUUAUUACAUAAGCAUGCAUCAAAUUAAACCUGAAUAAUCCGUCUUAUACAGUCACACAUACAAAGGUGUCGAGUGCUCUAAUAUUGUCGUGGAGACAAGACACAAUUUGAGGAAACGGUCUUUUCUGCGACAUGACAGUGAAAAGAAGAAAUAAACCUGUAGAAAAGUGUAAACAGUCACUCAUAACAGUGUCGGUACAAAUAGAGACAAACACUGAAAAUAAAAUGUAAAACAUUAACACUUGUUUUACAAUAAUUUAAAUAUGUUAGUGCUGUAGUUAUGUCUAAGAAACUAAGAGAGUAGAUUCUGAGUAGGACCACAUGCAGCUGUAUGAGGAAAGCAUCAUAAACAACCAGGCUAUUUACAAUUUUUUAAGACAUAAUAAUUUUCCUAAUACAGUAAAUUACUUUUCAAAACACUUAAGUUUAUUCAAUAUCAAGAGUGAGCUAAAUAUGCUAAGUCAAUAGUUCUGUGUAUAUUUGUCUCUUUGGUGCCUGAAGAUCUGCUUGUCCAAAGGGAGAGAAUACCUCAGAACGUUUCAAACAAAAACCUGGUUGGACCGUGUCUAAAAAAAUCAUCUUUUCCACCUCUGUUCUUCAGACAACAGUAAACACAAGUGUGGAGGCUCUAACCAGGGCAUCUUAUGUGUGUGAACAGAUGUGCCAGUGUGUGUGUCUACCGUCUACUGUAUAUCUGCCUGUUCACUCAGUGCAGAUGUCAGAGAGGAGGCAGGGAUUAAACUGUUUUUUGAUAAAA